AUGAGUGAAAGAUCGCAGUCAUUCAAUGGUUCAGAGAAACAUGUUCAAGUUAUCGCUAGACCACGUCCACUAAGUGAUAAUGAGAAAUCUCAAAAUCUAACUAGUUGUUUAAAUGUAAAUGAAACACGUCGAGAGAUAAUUGUGAAUUGUAAAACAAGUACAACACGGUUUUUUAAUUAUGAUCAUGUCUUCGGUUUUCAAACACGUCAACAAGAUGUUUAUAAAGUUGUUGUUGCGCCUAUUGUUGACGAAGUACUCAAAGGUUAUAGUUCAACUAUAUUUGCUUAUGGUCAAACAGGAUCUGGUAAAACACAUACAAUGCUAGGAAUAUUUCCAAUUGAUAAAGUAUCAAAAGACACUGUUGGCGCAUACAUGUCCAUGCUUGAAUCUGAUGCUGGUAUUAUGCCAAGAGCUAUUCAUCACAUAUUUCAAGGACUUCAAAGACAAUACAUUGAUUAUACAGUUAAAAUAACUUUUCUUGAAUUAUACAAUGAAGAAUUAACUGAUCUAUUAGCUGAUCCAACAAAUGAACAACCUGAAAAAAUAAAAAUCUAUGAAGAUAAAGACAAAACCAAUACAAUCAUUGGUGCUAUUGAAGCACCAUGUGAAACACCAUUUGAUGCUUUUAAAAUUUUAAUUAAAGGUGCUCAACGUCGACAAACAGCAGAAACAUUAAUGAAUGCAUCAUCAAGUCGUUCUCAUUCAAUUUUUACUAUGACUGUUACAAUGAAAGAUGCUCAAGGAGACGUGAGAUUAGGCAAACUUCAUUUAGUUGAUUUAGCUGGCUCGGAAAAUAUAUCGCGUUCAGGUGCAACGGAUAAGCGUGCGCGUGAAGCUGGAACCAUAAACCAAAGUUUAUUAACACUCGGCCGUGUUAUAACAGCAUUAAUUUCAAAUGAAAAACAUAUUUGUUAUCGUGAUUCAAAACUGACAAGAAUUUUGCAAGACUCCCUUUGUGGAAAAACUAUAACUUCAAUUAUUAUUACACUUUCACCAGCAAAUGAAGCCGAAACUCUGAGUACACUUGAAUAUGGUCAUCGUGCUCGUUCCUUAAAAAUCCGUCCUGAAAUUAAUCAACUAUCAUCAAAAGAUGUUGCUCGAGAAUAUCUCGAUGAAAUUCGUCGUUUACGUCAAGAACUUGAUGCUAAACGAGAAGUGGAUGGUAUACCUUAUUCACAAUACAUAACUUUGAAAAAUCAGAUGACGCUAGUACAAACAUUAUCCGAUAAUAAUCAAGCUAAAUUAAAUAAUAAUGAACAACAGAUUGAUCAAUAUCGAACAGAAGUUGAUUCGCUUCGUCAGCAAUUGACAACACAACAACAAGAUUUCCGAUCCGAAAUGAAUGAAAGAAAAGAAAUGUUAGCAUUAAAUCGAUAUCGAUACGAUGAACUCGUUCAAAUAACUAAUAAAGCUUUAACAUUUCGUGAACAAGUUGUCAAUACUAUGCAACAACUUUCCUCAACACAUUCGACUAGUUCAACAUUGAUUGAGCAUUAUAUUAAAGAUUGUCAAUCUAUCGGAGAUAGUUUACAGAUAAAUGUUCAACGAAUGACCGAAGACAUUCGAACAAUGUUUUCAACUUGUAAUCGAUCCGUUGGACAAGCAUUAGUAAUAUCAACAAAUAUUGGACAACAAAUUCAUAUGCUUAACGAAAACGUUCGAGCUGUAUUAUCGCUGGCGUUUCAAAAUUUUCAUACCAUAUUUGAAGAAUUAAAUAAUGUUCUUAAUCAUUUUCAGACGGAACUUGAACGUGAAUUGAGGACAUUAAUUGAAACGUUAGUUGUAGACAUAAAAAAUGAUGCAGAUAAUAAAAAGCAAGCAAAAUUAAUUCAUAUCCAAGAAGAAACAUUAAUCAAAAUGAAGACUUGUUUUCAAGAAUUGUUAGCUUCAUUUGGUCCAUCGAGUCAGUCGCUAUGGGUAGAUUUACAUACGUUCUUAACACAACGUUUCAAUCAAAUGUUAACAAACGAUUUUCGAAGUUUAAUUCAAAUAUCUGAAAAAUCAACAAAUAGUGAUUAUGAAUUACUUGAUUUAAAUAUUGUCCGAACUAAAUGUCUAAAUGAACAUGAAAAACAAGUCUUCACAACUCAAAAUAAACUUGAAGAAUUGAUAAUUCAUCUCAUUGAUUCUGUCACUAAUAUUCAUAAAACUUCUGAUCACAAAAAUACAAAAUUAAAAAAUGCUAAUCUCAUUCAACAUAUUCAUAAUAUAUGUACUCAACAUGGACAUGAAAUUCGACAAUUAUUAGAAAUAAAAUUGCAAUCGAUUUUUAAUCAAGUUCGUGAUGAAUAUGAACAACAAUGUGGCCAUAUACUUACAAACAUUGAACGUGAUACCAAUCAAUUGAAUUUAAUAUUACAAGAUAUUGGUAAUAAAUUUGAUUCAUCCCCAUUAAUUACAAACGACUCAAUGACUAAUCUGAUUAAACAAUCACAGCGUAUCGAUGUCAUGACGCAAAACCUUGAAUACGAUUGGAAAAAGAUUAAACAAUCAGUUGAUAAAUUUGAAUGUGAAACGAUUUUGCCAUUGGCUCCUGUACCGAUGCCCAAACCUGAUGCUGUACUUAAACUCGAACUUGCAAUUAAAGAUCAACAACAAACACGCUUAAUAGCAAUUGAAAACAAAGAAAAUAUUAACGAUGGCACUCUGCUUCCUACCCCCAUUCCUAUUUCAACACGGCCGGCCACAAUCAAUGUCAUACCAUGUCGUCCUAAAAACGAUACUCCAUUCUUUUGA